AUGAAUAGCACCGUAGAUGCAGCUGAAAUCGUUUGCUGUUUUAUGACACCAGAAUAUCAGGAUUCCAUUAACUGUAAAAAUGAAUUACAGUAUGCCAGAGAGAAAAAAAAGCAUAUUAUUCCAUGUAUGAUUGGCGAUAAGCAAAACAAGCAAUGGAAACCAACUGACUGGCUGGAAUUCACCGUAACAGGCCUUAACUAUAUCGAUUUUCAGGAAGAGUCUGAUCAAAAUAUUCGAUUAAAAGCUGAAGAACUUAUUAAUAGAAUAGCAAAUCAAUAUUCAACAACUAUUGAAUACAGUUUGGUCGACGCCAUUAAAAAGAAAUAUUUAAAAGAAGAUAAAAUCAAAUGUAUAUUGAAUGAAGAGGAUACCUUUUCAAUCGACCACAUCUAUAUUAAUUUGGCAAUCGUCAACACUAAAGAGCAGCACAAAAAGCAAGCGAAGCCAUCAAAAUAUGAAAUGAAAAGCACGGCAAAUCCAGAAAAGGAACAAGAUUAUCAUUGGAAGCGAUACGAUAGCACGGUUUUAGGCGCCUAUGAAGACAUUUAUGGUGAUCAAACGCAAACUGACAUCGAAGGAAUUUUUGGAAGUUCCAGUGCUCCUAUAAAAAAGGUGCAGAUACUGGGACGACCAAAAAUUGGAAAAUCAACAUUUUGUCAAUAUGUUACUUAUCGAUGGGCCAAAGGGAAGCUCUGGUCUCGUUAUGAAUUGGUUGUGUUGAUUGACUUCCUACAGCUGAAUAACACUCGAUACCCAGCGACAAAAAUUUACACAUUAGUUGAUCUUAUUGAGAGAGAAUAUACACCGUUAGGCGGUUUAUCGCAGAAGGAGAAAAAAUCUUUCUUGCAAAAAUGUAAUAACGGAAACGUUUUAUGGAUAUUGGACGGAUAUGAUGAAUUAGCAGCAAACAUUCCAGAACAACUGAAACAGUGUUUCGAUGAUAUACAUGAAAAACAAAAUUGUAUACUGAUGUCUUUAUCUGAUGACAUUGUAAUUUCAUGCGAUGUGAAAAUGAAAAUAAUGGGAUUGAUACAUGCUGAUAUUUCAAGAUAUAUCGGGCACUUUUUUCGUCGGAUUGAAGGUGAAUUACCAAAUGCUUCAUCCGAAGGUCAAAAACUACUAGAUUUCCUAUAUUCAAAUCGGAGUAUUUGUCGUGCUGUCAGUAUUCCUGUGAACCUUGAACUGAUAUGUAGACUUUGGGUUGAUCCACAUCAGUUAGAAACGAAAGUAUCAACAAUGACUGCGUUGUACGAGAAAUUCGUAGUAUGGCUAUGUCGACGACAAAUCACAAAAGACAAUAAAAAUCUAGAACAGAUGACGAAAGACGCUGUCUAUAAAGAAUUCGAUAGAGAAUUACAAUUUUUAGAAUAUUUAGCUUUCAAAACGGUGGAAAGCGACAAAAUUAUUUUGCCCUCAGAUCUUGUACAAGAGGCAACAAGAGAAACCGGAUGCGAUCUACACGAAUAUUCACGGGUUUUACAAAUGGGUAUUCUGAAACCAUAUGAUAAAAAGUCAUUUGAAAAUCAGAAUGAAACUACAAAACAUUAUUAUUUCAUUCAUCCCAGUUAUCAAGAAUUUUUUGCGGCGCGACAUUUACUAAGAGUAUUGAAAAGCUCAAAUGAUAAUGAAGCUACUCAUUUCAUCAGCCAUCAAAAAUAUAACCAACGAUUUCGUUUGAUGUUUAUCUUUGCCACGGGUCUUCUAGCAGAAUCCCAUUAUCAAGCAUGCAUCAAUACAUUUUGGACAAAGAUUCAAGGGGAACCCAUGGAUCUUGGUGGUCUUCAGCAUUUACAACUUCUCACUGAAUGUAUCGAUGAGCUGGGCGAUUCAGACGUGUUUGAUGAUCGAUUAAAUAUAGUAAACAAACUAUGGCAUUUAUUCAAAACAUUCUUCGAUAUCGAAGCGAACGUCGUUAAAGAUAAUAUGAUAGCAAUUCUCUCGAAAACAUCGACUAUAUUUCAAAACAAACUCAUGCAAAACAAUCUCGCGCAACUACUGUACAUCAGUGAUGAAUCUCAGAAAUGUCGAUUACUUCGUUUAAUAUCUCAAUUACCUGUAUUGCAACCCACCGAAAAACUCUUCUCUGUGCUUCUCCGUCAAUUACGAGACUCAUCAGUCUCAAUUCGGCAAGGAGCCUGUACUGUUCUUGGAAACAUAGGCGCUAACACAGUGACCAAGCAGCUCACCGAUGGUCUUGUCAAAGCACUUGGAGAUAACCAUUGGCUUGUUCGCAUAGCUGCCUGUAAAGCUCUUGGAAAGCUGAAUAAGAAUGCAGUAACAAAUAACAUAAUCGGUGGGCUCAUCGAAGCACUCGGCGCUAAUUCUGGCGAUAUUACCACAGCUGCGUGUAAUGCUCUAGUGAAAUUGAGUGAAAAAGUAACAAUGAAUCUAGUGAUCGAUGGUCUCGCCCAUGCGCUUGCUCGUCAUAAAAACUUCCUCGUUCGAAUACAUGCGUGUGAGAUUCUUGGAAAGAUCGCUGAAAAAACACCAAUCAAUGAAACGAUUGUUGUCCUCAUGAAUGCACUGGACGAUAAAGCCACCAGCGUCAAUGACAGUGCGCAUAAAGUUCUGAUGAAGCUCAGCAAAAUAGAAUCAGCAGAUAAGGUGAUCACUGCUCUUAUACAUGCACUUGCUGUUCAUGAGAACUACCAGGUCCGAAAAAGGGCAUGCAAGAUUCUCAGAGAGAUAGCUGAAACAGCACCAACCAAUGAUGUGCUGGCUGCUCUCAUCAAUGCACUUAACGACAUAGCUUUUGACGUCAGUCGCAGUGCUCAUGAAGCUCUGAUGAAACUCGGCGGAAAAGUAUCAACGAGUGAAGCAAUCACUGGUCUCAUCAAUGUACUACGUCCAAACAGUAAUUGGAUUCAAAUAUGUGUAUUUCAAGUUCUUGGGAGCAUCGGUGAAAAAGCGGCAACAAAUGAGGUGCUAACUAUUUUACUUAAAGGACUUUGCGAUAGCAAUGCGGAUAUUCAGAUAAAUGCGUGUAAGGCUCUUGAAAAAUUUGGAGAAAAAGCAGCAACGGAAGACGUAAUCUUAGGUCUCAGCAAAGCACUUUAUGACAAAAAUGUAGAUGCUCGACAAAAUGCGUGUCAAGUUCUUGUAAAAAUUGGUGAAACUGCAGCAACGAAUCAGGUGCUAACUAUUUUACUUGAAGCACUUCGCGAUAGCAAGGCGGAUAUUCGGAAAAAUGCGUGUCAAGCUCUUGGUAGAUUUGGAGGAAACGCAGCAACGGAAGGCGUAAUCUCGGCUCUCAGCUAUGUACUUCAUGAUAAUGAUCCGGGUGUUCGGAUAAAUGCGUGUCAAGCUCUUGGAAAAUUUGGAGGAAAAGCAGCAACGGAAGACGUAAUAUCAAGUCUCAGCAAAGCACUUUAUGAUUAUAAUACGGAUAUUCAAAAAAAUGCGUGUCAAGCCCUUGGAAAAAUCGGUGAAAGCUCAGCAACGAAUGAAGUAUUAACUGUUAUCCUAAAAGCAUUUAAUGAUAAGCAUGGUUCAAUUCGCCAGAUCGCGUGUAACGUUCUUGGGGACAUGGGUGAAAGAGCAAUAACUGCUAACGUCAUCACUGCUCUCCUGAAUGCAUGUAACGACCGAGAUUCUAACGUUCGUCGCAGUGCUUGUGAAGCUCUGGUGAAACUUGCCGAAAAAGCAUCAACGAAUGAGGUCAUCGUUGGUCUCAAUAAUGCACUUGGUCAUGAAAAUGUAAAUGUUCGAAAAAGUGCGUGUCACACUCUUGCACAAAUUCUUGAAAAAGCGGCAAGACUGGAGACGAUCUCUGCUCUUUUUAAUGCACUGGCUGAUAAGGAUAGAGAUGUCCGAUCCACAGCGUGUAUUGCUCUUAGAAAUUUUGGUAAAAAAGCAGUGACGAAUGAGCUGAUUGUUGGUCUUAUCGAAGCACUCGGCAAUAACGAUUUAAAUGUUCGAAUAGAGGCAUGCAGCAUUCUUUCGGAUAUCGGUGAUAAAGCAGGAACGAACGAGGUGAUCGCUGCUCUCCACAGUGUACUUAGAGCCGCGGAUAAAGAUAUGGAAUUUUGGAUCUGUAUAGCUCUUCGCAAGAUCGGUGAAAAAAUAGCAAAUGAUAAGGUGAUCGAUUAUCUUGUUAGUAUUCUUAUCGACAAGAACUCUAGUAACCAAAGAAGUGCAUGUGAAGCUCUUAGCAAUAUGGGUAAAAAAGCAAUAACCAAAAAAGUGCUAGCUGGUCUCGUUGAUGCACUCGGCGACAAGAGCGUGUAUUUGCGAGAAAGUGCAUGCGAAACGCUCGCAAAAUUAGGUGAAAAAGCAGCAACGGAGAAUGUAUUAGGUGGCCUCACCAAUGCGAUGCGUAACAAUGUUAACUAUCCUGAACGUAUCCGAGAAAAGGCAUGCAAAGCUCUAGGAAGUAUGGGUGAAAAAUCAGCAACGAGUGCGGUGAUAGCUGGUCUCGUCGAGGCACUUCGCGACAAGGAAUGGGACCGGGAUAUCCGACGAGAAGCAUGUGAUACUCUUGGAAAAAUCGGUAAAAAAGCAGCAACAAAGGCGGUGCUACAAGGUCUGAUUGAUGUAAUUCAUGAUAAGGAUAGAGAUUGGACGUCGGAUCAUGGAGAAGAAGCGUGUAAAACUCUUGUGAAGUUUGGUGAAAAAGCAGUAACGCAUGAGGUGAUCACUGGUCUUCUCAAUGCACUUGGUAGCAAGAAUGCGUCUUAUUCUGUUGAACGAGGGGCGUUCGGGGCUAUUGUGAAGCUUAGUGAAAGCGCAAAAACAAAUCAAGUGAUCGUUUGUUUAGUCGAGAGAUUUUUUUUCAAAGGAAAUAAUGUAAUUGAUUCAGACAAGCCAAAAGCUCUCACCUCAGCGAUGCAUUCAUAUGCUGCACUUAAGGAUUUAGAUACUGAUAUGAUUGUGAAGCUGACACAAUGUUUGAAACAAUGUGUGAAUAUUGAAUUGGCAACGAUGCCACGAAAUCAAUUCAUUAGAGUAUUUCUCGAAACACGAAAUGACGCCUGGAUUCCUUUAGUUGAAUAUGCAACACUCUUGCAAAAUGUUGCGGUGACUAUCAUGGAUAAUAAAGUUAUGAUAUACGAUGGUAAAUAUGUGGCUGAGCAACAGGUGACGGAGCCUGGAGUAUUGGAACUUUUGAAAAAAAAGAGACCACUGUAUGCAGACAUCACACUGACACCAACAAUGACAAGUGAUUUUGAUGCACAUCAAGUAUUAUUAGAAUCAGAAGAAUUUACUGUGCUAGAUAUUAACAGCGGCAAGCUUUCUUGCAAGGGUCAUCCUUGUCCAAGCUGUGGCCAGUGUCGUGAUUGGUAUUUUACAGGCAAUGGAGCAGAACUGGCUUGGUUGCGAGAUGAACAACAUUGGAAUCACGAAGGUGACGCUUGGAAUCGUUGGCUCAACGAUCGUUUGUACUUGAAGUUUAAGCCUCGUGAUGGAAAAACCUGUGUUGGUCGCCACAGCUUUAUUUUUCCUUUCACUAUUGGUAAAUAUGAUUAUGGUUUUCAUGUGGGAGAAGGUGAUUUUCCUCAUGGUCCUGUUGGUUAUGCUAGAGCUGUUCCGCUUGCCGAGAACAUUCCUUAUGAUUAUGAAGGCUACUAUAGUGAUUUUUGUGCUUGUGAAGAUAAUGUUGUUGCGUGA